GCCGCCAUUGCGGUACGACUGGCCAUAACGGUUGGCCAUUGUGUAAUUCGAGGAUCCUAGGCUGCUGGCUACCGAGUUCGAGCGUUCUUCAUUAUCGGAUCAUUCUCUGGUGAUGGGGUCAAGUCGAGCUGCGUGGUGAGGACGGCGCCUCCGAGCUCUGAGUAUGGUGAUUGUGAAGUCGUCGGAGCUCUUGUUGAUGGUCGUUGGUAUUCUCUGUUGCCGUCUGGCCCCUGUCAAGCAAUGCACCUCCCCCAGCUGCGGGAAUGCAGGCGGGGACCCACUCGCGAGGGGUACCUGUUCAACAAGGUACUUGGUAUCUGCCAUCAGAUCGCUUUGUUUAAUAGAUGUCCUGUAAUAAUGUCAUGAGUUUGAAUUCAGAAUCUCUAUUCUUGAACAGUCAUUCAGUAUAAUUAUUUCGUGAUUUUGCUUGCUGUAUACCAACCUUCAAGCUGUAAGCUAUUCCUGAUAUGCCUGCAAGGUACAGUGGAUUGCUGUUUCCCUGGGCUGGGGCCAGCAGCCAAGCUAUCUCGGAUUUACACUCAUUCAUCCCGCCCUCAAACUCGUUUGCAUCUUGAGAGGCUUUCUCUCAAGUUACCAAUUUUUCAACACUUUCAUUUUAAGGUGCUGGGUUGUAUAUGACAUCGGUGGCACGACAUAUCCUUUGUUUGACCAGCCACUCAUCAAACACCUCUCCCCAAAAUGGCACAAAACAGCAAUGUAGCUCGAUUCCCCAUCGAUGUCAUCCGCCUCACAGCAGCCACCACACAAGCACCCGUUAAGAGACCCAGAGAAUUCACCUGCUUCUCCUACGACAAGAACCACAACCUCCGCCUCGACGACUCCUCUAUCAAAUGGUACUACCCACCUCAACCUCCCGCCCUCCCCGCCAACCUCUCCGCCGGCUUCGACAAGUUCGACAAGCACGACAGCCAAGACGAGCACCUCGACAGCCUCCUCACAGCCAUCGCCCACCACGAGCAGCAAACCAACCAGCCCAUCGACGCCAAGUUCGUCACGUGGCGAGGCAUGAUGACCAAAUUCCUGAUCGCCCCCUAUCCGUAUGACGACGACGACGGCUUCGAAAUGAACGCCACGCUCUUUCAAGACUGCAUCUUCAUCGAAGAGAACUGGGUUUUUGCUGCCGAAAAGAAAGCCAAGCAGAAUUCAGGGUGGAAAGGUCCAAUAUCACAGGAAGAAAUGACGUUUUGGGGUUACAAGUUUGAGACGCUGGCUACGAUACCGCGGCCAUGGGCGGAGACGUCCAGGGAGGUGAUUGAGAAUAGGGGCGACGAGGUGGUGAGCAACAAGGAACAGUAUUGCUCUGUUGUGAGGUCAGAGAUAGGGGGGAAGGUUCUCUGUUUUGGGGGGGAGGUGGAUGCUAUAUGGGAUAUGAAGCCAAAGGAGCCGGGGGCUAAGAUCAACUGGGUUGAGCUGAAGACGUCCAAAGUCAUCCAGAGCCCAAGGGAUAAGUUCCAAUUCAACAAGAAACUGAUGAAGUUUUGGGCGCAGUCGUUUUUGCUGGGGGUGCCGAAGAUUGUUGUUGGUUGGAGGGAUAAGAAGGGGAUGUUGGUUUCGUGCGAAGAGUACGAGACGAAGGAGAUUGAUGAGAGGGUGAGGAGGGAGAGGGAUGGCGGGCAGUGGCCGUGGAUGCCGUGGGUGUGCGUCAAUUUUGCGUCGGAGAUAUUGGAUUGGAUCCAACAAGUAAUCAAGGCCGACCCUCAACAGUCAGGAGUGUGGAGGAUUCGAUUCGAUGCGAAGUCAAAGGUUGUCGAGUUGUUCAAGGUUGAAGAGAGGGGUCAUGGAAGAAUUUUAACGGAUGAGUUUGUGAACUGGAGGACAAGACUUGCGUCAAGUAAUCAGCCUCAAGAUGGGUAGGCAGUGAUGGAAACUUGAACGAAAAAAAGAAACAGUUUGAUGGCAGCGCCGCGGACGAUAGACCAGAAGGUAGGGGGAGGGGGACCAUUAAGGUGUGGGUUGAAACGUAUUUGUUUAUGUAGCGUAUCAACAUCAUUGUACUAGGC